UUCAGAACUUCCAGCAUGAAACGCCUUGUUGAUGGAUGUCUUGUCGUUAAUAGCGUAUACCCGACUUUGACAUUAUAGUCGUGGCUGGAUAUUCAACGCGUGCUGUUUUUCCUCCGACGCAAGCUGCAUAUUUGGAUCUAUUGUGGAAUGGCUAAGGUGGUUUUAAUGGACUUGUGCGUUUUGUUUCUUAUUGGACUAUCAGCAGCAUUUGCAAAUGGUUUUUCUUCUUUACGGGAAGAUGCGAGCCAGGAGGGUGAGAUCGAUGCAGUGCAGCCGAGCGUACCUUCAAGUAGCUCCGCAGUGAAGUUCACAACUUUUCCUGGGCCCAGCCAUGCCGGGGGCCCCACGUGCCUCUUGUGUGAUCUGUCAGGACCCCGGAGGCGAGCCAAGCGGUGUACGUGUUACACAUACAAAGACAAGGAAUGCGUGUAUUACUGCCACUUGGACAUCAUCUGGAUCAACACGCCAGAGCGGAUUGUGCCAUACGGCAUGUCCAGCUACCGAGGCUCUCAGCGGGCGCGUCGUUCAGCCCUGACCCUUGGGCCGACCCACACCAGCUCACCACGCUGUGUGUGUGCACAGCUGCAGGACUCCAAGUGCUGGACCUUCUGCAAGGAGAGGAACCCAAACCGAACUCUGCCAAAGCCUGUCCAGGAGACGCUGUCCGAGGCAGAGUUAUAUCCCCCCGUGCCCAUCCUUGCACAGACAGGACGGCAACAUCCCUGUCUGCACCCACUGGACGAGGUAAACGGGAUUAACCAGCCUGUCUUGAAUAUCACUGGACAUGCCGGGAAGAGGAGACCUGACACUCAGCAGCUGGGUGUCUUUGAGGAGGACUUAGUCCCCUCAGCGAAUUAG